CUUCCUUCCUCGUCAAAGGCUCUCUUCGCCUCGCCCUCUAUUCUUCCAUUCUCUCUCGACCUGGUUCAUUUCGACUCGGUUAUCUGAACUCACCGGCGAUUCAACUCGUCUCAACUCAUCUCAACUCCACAGUCGAUCCCUCCGUGCGUCUCAACUCAGCUCUCCAAGGUUUUGAUUGCUCGGAGGCCGGUUGGAGGCUUUUUUUUGCCGUAGUGGAAGAGAAGUAUGAGCAAGGAAAGCCCAGGAGAAGUGGAGAAUUAGGGUCCAUUUUCUGAAAGGUGAUUCCGGGGAUUUCGGGUAGGGAUUCUGGCAUUCCAUGGGCGAUGGCGGUGUUGCAUGCGUGCCUUCGCAGCCACAUAUUAUGGAGCGGUUUCCUAUUUGCGGAGGCAAAAGUAAUGGUAACAGCACCAGCGGCACCACUACCAGCACCAGUAGUAAGAGCAAGCUUAGUUCAUCUUCUACAACAACUGUUGUGAAAGUGAACGGGAAGACUAUGAAGAAGGUGAAAAAAGUGAUUAAGAGAAAACGAGAAUUGGGUCCCAAGAGUAGUGUGAAUAGUGAGAAAGAAGUUGUGGUUAGUAAUAGUUGCAAUAGUAAUAUUAAUGGUAACAAUAGUAGUAAUGUUGUUAAUAGUGAGGUUAAUAAUAAGGAUGAAGUGGAGGAGGGUGAAUUGGGUACUUUGCCAAUUGAGAAUGGCAAGGUGAUUGUGGAAAGGCCAACAACUAGGAAGCAUGAGAUCAGGAGUGAGAUUGAAAAGGGCGAAAGUGUUGUUGAUAAGUGGAAAAAAAGUGGGGAGGUGGAGAAGGGGGAGUUUUUAGGUGGGAGAUGGCGAAAACUGGAAGAAAAGAAUGAACCAUCAUCUGGGUCGUGGAGGACUUCAUCGAAAGAAGAAUUGGAAAAAGGGGAGUUUGUACCAGAUAGGUGGCGCAAAAGUGAGGUGGUAAUGAAGGAUGAUUACAGCUACUCGAGAACAAGAAGGUAUGAUUAUGCCAAAGACAAAGGAUGGAAAGGUGAGCGUGAGUGGACGCCUCCACCUCUGCCUUCUUCUGGGAAGUAUUUGAAUGAGAAGGAGCUCAGUAGAAGUGCGAAUCAGCUUACAAAGAGGGGUUCUAGAUAUGAAGAUGGUAUUUUUGACAGGACUCCAAGGAUCAGCUCAAAAGUUGUGGACGAAGAUGGUUAUGAACUCAGCAAUGGCAAGAGUUAUGCUAGAGAAUACUCUUCAGGUAACAGGCUAAAGCGCCAAGGUGCUGAUAUUGACAGCAGUGACAGGAAACAUCGUGGUGACUCUGAUGACUACACAAGUACUAGAAGCCGAAAGCUUUCUGAUAAUGGCACUCGGUCAAUGUACUCAUCAGAGCACCAUUCACGCAGGUCUGUGGACAGGCAAUAUAGAAAUUCUUCUUCUUCAUCCCGGAAUGUUCUCUCUGAUAGGUACUCUUCUAGGCAUUACGAAUCUUCAAGAGCAGGCUAUGACAAGUAUAACAGCAGUCCACAUCACUUUGAGAGGUCCCCACAUGAGCGGGCCCGUUACCAUGAUCAUCGUGAUUGGAGCCCGGCCCAUCGUGAAAGGUCUCCAUAUGAUCACAGCAGGUCCCCAUACGAUCGGAGCCGCCAGUAUGAUCACAGUAGGUCACCAUAUGAUAGAAGUCACCACUAUGAUCGUAGGAAGCGCAGCCCGAGUUAUUCAGAGUGGUCUCCACAAAAUCAAGCUCGGUAUCUGAGGGGUCGAAGCCCAAGUUUUUUGGAACGGUCUCCUCCUGAUCAUGGGAAGCCCCGUGAACCCAAUCGAAAGAAUGGGGCAAGCAAAAAGAGUAAUGGUGGAAAUAGAGGGGCAGAUGAGAAACCUCCCAACCAGAAGGCUCCAAUUGGAAGAGAUUUGCGGAUGUCAGUUAAAGAAUCUGAGGAUAGAAGUCACAUGGAUAUUGUUGAUGUUUCCAAGGUUAGAAAUGUAGUUCCGCCCUCAAACAAGGAAGAACAUUCUCAAGUUCCUGAAGUGACGGGUAAGGAAGUUCCUCAGGAAAAUGGAUGUGCUGAGGAGCUGGUCUCAAUGGAAGAAGAUAUGGACAUAUGCAAUACGCCACCACAUGAACCUGUGGUGGAUGAUGCAGCCACUGGGAAAUGGUUUUAUCUUGAUCACCUGGGAGUGGAGCAGGGCCCUUCCAGAUUAUCUGACUUAAAGAAAUUAGUGGAAGAAGGUUUUCUUGUGUCAGAUCACUUGAUCAAGCAUCUGGAUAGUGAUAGAUGGGUAACUGUUGAAAAGGCAGCCUCUCCAUUAGUGACUUCUAAUUUCCAUUCAAUUGUUUCGGAUACUAUCACACAGCUGGUCAGCCCUCCUGAAGCUCCAGGUAAUACACUGGUCGAUAAUGGAGAUUUGUCUGAAAUUAGUAGUCAGGUUGGCCAGGAAAAGCCACCCCCUUCCUUAGAUCCAAUAUCCUCUGGGGACAAUCUGGCGUCUGUAGAGCCUCUGGAAGACCUUCAUAUUGAUGAAAGGGUUGGUGCAUUUUUAGAUGGUUUUACAGUUAUUCCUGGCAGGGAACUUGAGAUGGUUGGAGAAGUGCUUCAGAUGACAUCUGGGGAUGGGGAGUGGGAGAGAUGGGGAAAAAUUGAAGUUAAUAGUAAUCUUUUAUUGGUUGGAAGCUUAGCAGUGUUGAUCCAUGUAGUCUUAUACAAAAGUAUGUUUAUAAAUGUUCUGAUGGAUGAGGUGUUUGCUUUGUUAUUCUUGGUAAUUAUGUAA